AGGCUCGGGAGGUGGUAAUUACAACAACUUCUAGCCAUAUAACUGAAGUAGAUCUUCUAAAUCCGAUUUUUACAAAAACGACAUCAAAUUCAAAGUUAAGGUACUUUUGAACCUUCUAGUGCAAAAGAAAAUGGUCAAACGCAACGCAAAGGCCCGGGCUCGUCGCAUCGACGUGACUGACGUUGAGCGCAGUCUCGUGCGUAAGAACGAGUCCGCUAAGGCUCAGGAAAAGCUCAAGUCUGGUGACUUGUUCUACUUCGACACCAAUGGCAACGAAAAGAGUCUUCCCAAGGCUCUGCGUCGCGGCGUCCAGUUGGAGAAGAAGCAGAAGGGACUGAGCAAGCUGUCCCAUUAUGAAAUCGCGAAGGUGGAGAAGGUGAAGGCAAAGGAGGAGAGGAAAGCUGUGAAAGCAGGUAUUAAAAAUGCGAAGAAAACUACUGCGGCUUCUUCUACAACUUCUAAGGAUGCAGCUACGAGUAACGCAAACGCAUUCGAUUUGUGGGGAGGAGCAGCUGCGAAGGAGAAAGCUGCAAAGCAGCUGCAGGCGACUUCAAGCUCUAUCCUGGAACAAACCGCUAACCUCAACAACGGUUCUCUCUUCAAGAAGUCCGAAGAUCGCAAGACUCACCACAUGCUCACCCGACACAAAUGUCGAGUUCUCAACGAUUCUGCCUUGCGUUUGCCGCAUAGCAAGCCUACUACUCUACAGAACAACAGCAAUAAGACCUGCGCUGCUCCAGCAGUUGUGCUGCCAGAAACCGGCUUGUCCAUGAAUCCAGGUGAAGAAGCUUUCGAACGCCAGGUCGACGAAGUCGUUGCCGACGAGUGUGCUAAAAUGCGCUCAGAAGAACAAGAAUUAAGGCACAGAAAAACCCAACCCUUUACACAGCCCAUUCUUCUCAUUCCCGUUUUACACAAGGGGAAUCCAUACUGGGUUGCUGGCGUAAGGUUGGGUUUUUCUCUUCGCUAAAAGAAGCCAGGAAGAAGAAACCGAUGACAUCUCGGCUUUUGGAUGCUUACUCUCAAGAAGAAGUCUCAAAAAUGACUGAAGCGGAGCGACAGAAGGAAUACCGAAGAUUGAUUGCGGAGGAUUUAAUUGCGGAAAACAUGGAUCUUGACGUGGAGGAGAUGGAAUCUGAUGAAGAUGCGACUUCGCCUUCAGCGAAGAAUAAGUCAGAAAACACUAAGGAAUCCACCACCUCUUCAACAUCUUCUUCUGGAAUCAUCAACAAGAAGGUGAUCAAAGCCCAAGAGCGAAAAACGAAGGCGCAGAAAAACAAGGAGGGACGCCUGAAGGAAAGAAUGAAGAACUUAUCCGCUGAGAAGCGUCAGAAGCUGUUGGACAAGUCCAUUGGUCAAUUGCCGAACUUGAUGCGUGAGAUGGAGACUGACAACAUGACGAAAAAGCAGGAAAAGGAGUACCUGGCGCAACUGAAAGAGGAAGAAAAAAAGAUGGAAGAGAAAGGUAUUUUUGUUUUUCUAUCUCCAUGUCUGUGCAGAUAUUUUUACUUCGUCAAGUUCCACUCGUCCAACUUUCUGUUUUCUCUUUGUCUCUGUAGAGUUGGAAAUGAAUUUCCCUUUUGUUAGCGUGAUUCAUCUAAAGAUUCCACACCACUUCAUUUUUCAUGCGGGCGAUACGGCGACCUAAUCCACAAAUGCAACUCAAACAGGUAUCGUCCUCAAGCCGAAGAAGAUCGGCCGCAACCGCUUCCAAGAGACCAAGCUCUUGCCACAGAAGGCUGCAAGUUCUCUCCGUGGAAGUCAAGUGGAGUCUGCUAUCAGUGAGAGGAUGCAGUCGAUUCAUCGAAGAAAUCUGACUGAGUUGCCACCAGAUGCAGACAGAUCAACACUCUUGCGUCUGCGCAAGAAGAAGAACCGCGACCAGAGAGCAGUCCAGCAUCACCAAAGGCAAUUGAAGAUCAACGAGGAGGUGAUGUCAGAUUAAUCAUUGAAGAUUGCAAAAGAAAUGUUGUUGGUCAUGAAGGGGUAGUGCUUCCGUACCAAUAUUAUGAUGAUGCAGCUUUUACAAAGUUCUUAAAAGAACUCACGACGACCAAACGCUCGCGGGCUCUCAGCCUCAUCAUACAACGCGCUAUCAUGCAACUAGAAUUCCCAAUGCUUGUGAUGUUCUUGAACAAAAUACAGCUUUUCGCAGCGGACGAGGACGCGCUGGCUGAAGACA